GGAGAGCGGGCGGUGCUGACGGCGGAGGCGGGAGCGGGGGGGGCGGGCGCCUCUCGGAGCUCUCGGCCGCGGCCGCUGUGGCGGGGCGCGGGCGGCGCUGCCAUGGCGCUCUCCGCCGGCCCCCUCAAGGUCUGCAUCGUGGGCUCGGGCAACUGGGGUUCUGCAAUUGCCAAAAUAAUAGGUAAUAAUGUACAAAAAUUGCAGAAGUUUGCUUCCACAGUGAACAUGUGGGUCUUCGAGGAGAAUAUUAAUGGGAGAAAACUGACAGAUAUCAUAAAUAAGGACCAUGAAAAUGUAAAGUAUCUCCCUGGAUGCAAGCUGCCAGAUAAUGUGGUUGCUAUCCCAAACCUUUGUGAAGCGGUACAGGAUGCAGACUUGCUGGUUUUUGUCAUUCCUCAUCAGUACAUCCAUAAAGUCUGCGAUGAAAUCACAGGACGGGUAGCCAGGAAAGCCCUCGGCAUAACUCUCAUAAAGGGAAUAGAUCAAGGCCCGGAGGGACUCAAACUGAUCUCUGACAUUAUUCGAGAGAAGAUGGGAAUAGACAUCAGUGUGCUGAUGGGAGCUAACAUUGCCAAUGAGGUGGCAGCAGACAAAUUCUGUGAAACCACAAUAGGCUGCAGAGUCUUGGAAAAUGGCCUUCUAUUCAAAGAACUCCUGCAGACUCCAAACUUCCGAAUAACUGUAGUAGACGAUGCAGAUGCAGUUGAGCUGUGUGGUGCUCUGAAGAAUGUAGUAGCAGUAGGAGCUGGUUUCUGUGAUGGCCUUUGCUACGGUGACAAUACCAAAGCUGCUGUUAUUCGCCUUGGCCUAAUGGAGAUGAUCGCCUUUGCCAAACUUUUUUGCAAAGGACAGGUUUCUACUGCCACUUUCCUGGAGAGCUGUGGCAUUGCUGAUCUCAUCACAACGUGUUACGGUGGCCGGAAUCGACGUGUAGCAGAAGCAUUCGUUAAAACUGGAAAGUCUCUUGAAGAAUUGGAGAAAGAAAUGUUGAAUGGUCAGAAACUCCAAGGACCACAGACUUCUGCAGAAGUGCAUGAGCUCCUGAAGCAGAAAGGACUGCUGGACAAGUUUCCACUCUUCACAGCUGUGUAUCAAAUCUGCUAUGAAGGGAGACCUGUUAAAGAGAUAAUAUCCUGCCUUCAAAAUCAUCCAGAGCACAUGUAAAAUCCAUCAGGCGUUGUACUAAUGCAGCUUUCUGCCUUUCGAAUUUGUGUCUUGGUUCAAGUGGAUGUAGCUGUCAUUAAGCUUUGUUCAGAGCUGCUCUUAGGCAACAGGAACAACAUGAAUGUCUGUGAGCAGGGAUUGGUGUUUGUUCCCCAGCCUGGUUUGACACGGCACGCGGUGUUGGCUUGGUGAUUGUCCUUUUACUGGCUAACAUGCAACUCUUCUAAGAUACGCAAUACAAAAGUUGCACUACAUGCCUGGUAUGUAUUAUACACAAGUGUACUUUGAGUUUGCUCCUACACCAUAAAACACAAUGCUUUUUUGUCUCCUAUUAAAGCCUGGUCCAAAAUCUGCUGGCACUCUGGGAAGAAUCUCAGUGGUUUUGAUCAGAGGCUGAAUCAAGCGUGUAACCUUGAAAUAUUAGGAAUCUGUUAGAACUUUGUUUUUUUUCUGUAUGCACAAUUAAAUGUUAACAUUUUGCAUGCUUAUGACUAUAUUAAUUUAAGCAAUAUUAAUGCAAAACAAGUUGUAGCAGUUAUUCAGGGGGUUACAGGGAUAUUUCAAUGAACUUUAGUGAAGAAUAUUUUGAUUUUUGAAAGUUGUUGAAAUUGUCAAGCUACUUUGAAACCAAUUUCUAAGUGAAUUUCAAGUUUUUAAUUACACUGUUUUAAAGGGAAUAUUCUAGAGGGGGAUCAUGCCUCCCCUUCUGUUUUUUAAUCCUUGCAUUUUUGUAUUUCUCCAUUUCUCCCUUACUAUUCCUCUGUGUUAGGCUCUUCUAGAAUCCCAUUCCCCAAAGCAAGCCAGAGGUGUUGACCUGGGGGUUCUGAACCCUAGAGCCUACAGUUCAUUUUAUUGUUUUACCUGUGGUUGUUCUUCACUGCUGGUGUUGGUUGGGUGAUGAAGAAUAGCCUUGGGUAUCCACUGCUCCAAGUUGUUCUGCUGUGGUUUUAGCUUAGCUGCAAAGUGUUGGGCUCCGCACAACACUCCAAGGAAUGUCAGGGGAAUUCCCUGGUACAAGACGCGCUUGUGUCAUCAGAAGGGUUAUGUGCCAGUACGAUGACUGCGUUCAUUUCAGUGCCUGCCAGUCACUGGCUCGUCCACUGGGCUGUAGUCCUGAUCCAGCGUUCCAAGCUCUGGAGUUACUCUCUCACUGGACAAAACUUUUAUGGGUGCUGAACCAAAUCCUUUACAACUAAUCUCCCAGAAAGCUUCUCAAAGGCAUCCAUCUCUUUUAUUCCCCAGAGAUCUCAACUAGGUUUUUUUCAGGAACCAUUGUUUUAUCAGGGAGGUUAAUUUUAUUUUUUAUUGGAAAAUUUGUGGUUUUAUGAAGUUUAGAGGGGGGGUUGGUUUGGUUGGUCUUUUUAGAUUUUUUUUUUUAAAGAUUGAUGCAAGAGAAGAUAGAUAAGUAAAAUCUAUUUUGUUUUUCUUGUAUACUUAAGUGUGGGGUUUUUUUUGUGAAAUAUAUGCUAGGCACAUUAAGAGUGGACUCCUUCUUCCAACUGGGAGACAAGGGUUGGCAUUAGAAUUUAUAGAACAAGACUGCUCGUCUGCUCUGAAUAUCCACACCUAACAUCUGAGCAUUAUCAGAACUGUUGUUCACUGCUCUCAGUGGUGGUUUUAGACAAGGAAUCAUGAGCACACACCCAUCCUGAAACUUCAUGUUGUCAUUCAAAAUUUGCUAAAGAGGAUGCCUGGGAAUAAUUGUCAUGCUUACAUAACCUGGAUUACUCUGAAAUAGGGAAGCUUUGGGGCCACUGUGUAGACAGGAAGACCCUUCCACUUAGGGGUAUAAUUUUUUUGUGCUCCGGUAUUGUUUUGAAUUAAUAUUUGGAAGAUCUCAUGAAUGUCCUCAGAUAUUCAGGGAUGUUAUUUUGCCUUACUUCUGAUUUAGUGCUAAACACAAGAGAUGGCCAGAAGUUAAGUGACAUCAGACAUUUGUGGCAGUUGGGAACAUCAUUGGUAGAGCUGACUUGGAGCGAGCACUCUGCUUAGGCGUUUGAGAGGAUGUUUUGAGGUUGGAAGCACUGUCAUGCUAACGCACACAUGGAGCAUACACUCCUCAUUACUGCAUAACUUUCAGUGUGUUUGCUUAUGCUUUGUUUUGUUCUUUUUUUUUAAUACCAAAUUGGUGGCUUUUGCUUUGUAUGUGUACAUAUACAUUAUAUAUAUAAACUUUUUUUUUUACAUGCAGUAUGUAGGACAGUAGCAUUUUGUAAGAUACAUAAAGGGCUAUAUGAGCUAAAUGUGGUAAAUUAAUAUAUAUUUUUAAAUUAUUUCUUUAUUAUUCCAAUACUGCUUCUACCACUGAAAGUCUCAAAUCUUAAUUGUUCUUGUUUUGUAGAGAAGCUUCUAUUCUAAGGCAAAUCCAGAGAAAAGGUUUUUAUGGAAUUCUUUCCUCCGGUCUGUUACAAUAUUCUUUUUUUCAAAAAAAAAUUGAGGUUUCAGUAACUAAAAUAGUUUAUUUAAAUUUCUAUCGAUAGUUCACUAUUUGCAUUUGCUUUUCAGUGCCGGAGAGCACUCAGUUUGGCACUAUACUGUAUUUUUUUCCCCACUAAUAUUUACUGCUCAUUAAAAGACUGUGACAUGGUACUGGAACUGAAUGAGCCUGCUCUGUAAACAUUCUGUUUUGCCUAGUACUGGGAUAGUCUUACUGAUAUCAUUAACCCCUGUGUAAGGGGGUCAUAAAUGUGUAACUAAUUCUUGGGUUAUGAACUUUAAUUGCUAAGGAAGGCAUUACAUUCUAAUGAUACUUACUCAACUUGCCCUCAUCAUAUGUACUGAUUUUAUUUAGAGAUGUUGAAUGUAUACCUGUUUGAAGAGUUAGUACAAAUAAACAUUUUUGUCUGGGGAAUCA